AUGCCAGAAGAAAGAAUCUAUUCCUCUGGACGAGAAGCUUACUUCAACCUGAACUCAACAUGGUACGACCCAGCGGGAUCCUGGCUCGAUACCCGCCGCAAACCCUUCCGCUACGUUGACAACACCGCCUGCGUGACGUGUUGCAACCCCAGGAGCAACGUCCCCCGGAGAGGGGGCCAUAAUUACCGCUGCUACUGCUACCGCCUGUGCACUUGUACGCCAGGAGGCAACCCAAGAGUUACAUGUUGCGUUCACAACCCUUCAGGAGGGCCCCGGGAUUAUUGGGGGCGUCCUAUCGGCGAUGCCUGCGAUGGGUGCACCGGGGGACACUAUUCUCACACGGGGUCAGAUUGUGGGUCGUGUUGUGGGUCCGUGGGAGGAUGUGGCACUGGAGGAGGGGCGGUGGCUUGUGCUCAACCAUCUGGAGGAGUGUGUGCUGAACCAGGUUGUAGACCUACCGGUAGAGGCGUAUGCGCAGAACCUUGCGUAACGUCUUCUGGAAGAUGUGGUAGUAGAAGAGGAGUGUGUGCUGAACCAGGUUGUAGACCUACCGGAAGAGGCGUAUGCGCAGAACCUUGCGUAACGUCUUCUGGAGGAUGUGGUAGCAGAAGAGGAGUGUGUGCUGAACCAGCAUGCCAAGAUCCUCCCGGUCCUAUCCCCUCCUCGUUUAGUGGCCGUUCGGAGUUGCAACCACACUGGGAAAAGCGAAUGAACGUCAAUCAACCUCGGUUUAUUACAGUCUUAGACCAGGCUGAAUGUGGCCUUUUCACGCUUGCCACGUUUGCUCACCAGCCUCCUACACAACCAGAUAAUGCUCCUUUAUCCCCACAACCAGGCCUCACGCCCAUUCGCCACUGGCUCUAUGCCCACGGACUGAAUCUUGCCGUUGAUAAUCUUCAAGGAAUGUUUUAG